UCAUGAAAAAUAAACUUAUCAACUGUGACAGAUUCGGGCUGCCACGUUGAAGAUAUACAGUCAACACUGACGUCAGGGCUCUUUUUGUUAUCCUUAUUAGCAUCCUCAACAUUCUUGAUAUCUAUCAACAACAUUCCGUGCUCGUUUGCGAGUUGACUAUUUUCUAGAAUUGAACUUUCAACAUCGCUUUUGAUGACGGUGCAUUGUGGAGAUAUGACUGACUUCUCAAAAUAUGAGUCUGUUUUUGAAGAAGUUUCUCUAUUUAAAGCUCUCCCAUCCGAGGUAAUAAUUACGUUGGAUCGGCCCGUUUCACUUUGCACUUUGGAGAAGCUAACGGCUUCGGUGAUUUUCGGCGACCGGGGUGUUUCACCCUCAUUUCCGGAGAGAGAACUUUUGUCAAUAACUGUCACUUUAAAUAUGUUAGACAUUGCUUCUUUUGUAUGUAUAGGUGAAUUGUUCUAUCCUCUCAACGUACUAGUAUCUGCGAAAGUGUGUGAUCGAUUCUCUUUAUAGUUUAGGGAAGAGGAUAUUGGGGCAGCGAGCGCUUCAUGCUGUGAGAUAUCAGAAAAUAAUCGGCAGUUAUUAAAGUAUUAUCUGAUGAAGAAAUAUCU